GAGAGGACAGCGCCAUCUUAUCGGAUGAUGAUGGUGUGGGAAGUCUGCUCAAAAGUUGUCUGCUCAAUGUUGUUGAUAAUUUCCUGUUCUUUCAAACAAUACGCACGUGUAGCCUAAAUAAAUAUCGCGAACUUUGUGCAUCUAGUGAAUUAUAAUUGUAAAGAUGGAUUUCGGAAGUUUUGCCGACGACUUUUUUGAAUCCGAAGAAUGUGAUAACAAGGAAAUAUCAUCACAAUUUCACUGGAUAGCUCAUCGAUCUGAACCGGGUUGGUUUCAUGAAGUUUGCGAAAGUGCCUCUGAGAGUGAUGUUACAUUCAAUAUCAAGCAUUUGCGUGCAAAUCACUUGUACUACACUGGCAGGUACGUGGAAGCUGCAAACACUUUUACAGAAUUGCUCAAACUACUGCGAACUGGGAAUCACCAAAGAGAAGUGUCUGAGGGUCUGUGUAGGAGUCAUCUUAAACUUGGAGAUUUCAAAAUGGCCCUUGAAGCAGCCAAUCAAUUUAAACUGAGUUGUAAGAGUGAAGCUCAUUUUUCCUCUUACCACAUGAUGUGUGGGGAAAUCCAUCAAAAAAAUUUGGAUUUCCAACAGGAACUCAUUCAUCUCCAGCAGGCAAUCAAAAUCCACCCAACAAAUUCCGAAAUGUGGCUCAAAACGGCUGAAUGCUAUGGCCAUAUCAGUCAGAUUGACAUUUAUGAUGUUCCUUUCCCGUUGUCAAAAGAUAAGGAUACGACGUGGUUUGCUGCGGCCAGCCUAUUACGGGUAGACAUAAUUUUGAAGAGCUUGGCUGGCAGAGAAUCCUUUGGCAAUUUGAAAAAGAAGCGCAAUCAGAAACUCCAAAAUCUUGUUCAUCCUAUCGUGGCCAGCCUUCCAAAGAAUUUCACUGCUAAAGCUCAUGAAGCUUUGAGUCGGGACGUGUAUAAUAUAGAAUCUCAAACGCAAGACGAAACCGAGUUCGUUGAUUUGGGAAGUUCAAAACAGGAGAAACCAGUGGAGUGCGAAAGCGAUGAGCUCAUUGUUGCCAUGGGUAGCGAGUCCCAGAAAGAUUGGUUCGAAAAACAGUGGUUCUCGUUUGUUGAUUCCAUUCAAGAAAACAUGUAUUACAUACCCCCAGACAAUACACAGACGGAUGUAGUGCUUAACGCACUUUAAA